AUUUUGCCGCGUUUCUUUUUAACUGUGCUGUAGUGGGGUGGUUUAAGGAGACGCACAUUGUAUCGGCAAACAUAUCACAUCGUUGAGAAAGGAGUGCUGUACGACCGAAACGUAAAGACACCUGUGACCAUGCAUGCGAGUAUACAGAGGGACUCCUGUACCGACUGGUUCGUCGAUCCGAAAAACAGUAUGGACAGAUAUAGCUCGCUCCUCCGCGAGAAGCAGACGGCAACCGACAACUAUCUAAGCAACGCCAUGGCGAGCAGCAACGCGGUGACAUCGGACCAGGGAAGCGUUUUCCCGUGCAGAUACCCCCAGUACUAUAACAACAUGGACACAACGAACGCAAACUACAAUGACACUUUGCCUAGCUGGAAUUCGUAUGAUUUUAACCAAAGUCGGCAAUGUCUGAACACUUUUCAAUCGCCGCCGAUUUUUAACGGUGGAGGAGCGAUAUCACAACACACAUACGGUAUUAACCCGACAAAUUAUGGAGCCCAUCCAGCAUCCAACUACACGGGGAACGUACCAGGUGUCACUGACGUGUCGAAUUGCAGUUGGCUGACAACAUUCACCACGACACCCCGGCGAACCAAACGGAAACCCUACACCAAAAUGCAAAUAUUCGAGUUAGAACAAGCCUUUCAAAACAACAUGUACCUUACAAGAGAGCGACGAACGAAGCUAUCGCAACAACUCAGUUUGUCAGAGAGACAAAUAAAAAUAUGGUUCCAAAACAGGCGAAUGAAAUUGAAGAAGAUGACUGAACGAGAGAAACUUGAAGAAAAAGAAUUGCGAGAGCAUCAGGCGCUUUGAAAACAGACAGCGUCAGACAAUCAGACUUACCAUAUUCCAAAAUGGCGGAUGUAUCUGAGGUGUCAUUUUAUAAAGAAUAUACUGUUGAAAACGGACAAUAUCUGACUCUAUCAACAAGUGCCCAGAACGGGACUGACACUUUGAGCUCCGUCAUAAAAAAAAAAGUUCGAAGUAGACGUUUCCAUAACUCUCGCGAAAAUAUUUGUAAAUACAAAUUAACCAUUUAUGUAAUUUACCAGCAAUUCUGUGUUUCUAUUUAAAUUAUUUAAAAUAUUCAAGUAUAAGUACUGUUCACUACAACUGUAGUUUAUUAGACAAUAAUGACCGCUACAUGUAUCAGGGAAUCAGAACAGGUCAUUCGCGUUACGGAAUCCCGCGAGAUAUCACCAUUCACACACGAGAGCAGACAGUGACGUUAUUGCAUCCAUCCUUUGUUUCCGUAACUGACUCGCCAUAAUAAUACCUCGAACUUUUUCACAUUUUCAAUUGAAGCUUCUUUUUUAAUGUUUUCGUUAUUAUUUAUCAGUAUUUUUUGUUAAGAUCUACGACCAUUCGGAGAUGGUGAUUUUUCGUUUUAGGUAAAAAAAAAAAAAAAA